AAAUAAAUAAAUAAAUAAAUAUACAUUAUAAGUCUUUUUUCAGCUUUUUUUAAAAAUAUAUUUUAGCCCGGCGAUUGAACUCGUGUAUGUUAUCGCAUAAUCUAAGUGAGGUAGGCAAGGAAUUAAAGACCUUUGAGAUGCAGGCUUGUGCGUAGUGUUAAGUCUGAUGUCGCUGUUAGAGCGGAGACUCCUUGCAGAUACAUACUGCUGUAAUCUUAGGUGUUGAGGCCAGUGACUGUGAUAGACUGAGUUAAACGCUGAUUCGGCAAUACAAAAUGAAAGUCUCGUCUCUCGCUUACCAUACUUGUAGAGCAUCGCAUAAUGGCUCAGUUAUCUAAUGAUCCAGUUUUUGUUAAUGAUCUCAUUUCCAACAAGCGUGAGCGGAAUAAUUGUCCAUUAAAAACGCACCCAAAAUGUAGACAACUGAAAAAAUAAUCAAUAAAAAACGUGUUCAAAAAUUACGGGUACGCUUACCAUAUUCGUAGAGCAUGGUAUAACUAUAAAUAAUAAUAUUUAGUUCAUACGACGGUGUUCUCGCUGAUCGCAUAAAUUGUACGAGCCCUGGCCAUUUUGACCGAGUCAGUUAUAUCCUGGUCCAUGACAUUGGGUUAGGAUGAGGGCCCACGGGAACCGAUCACUUUAUACCCGAGGCUAGUAGCCGUACUUUAAACAAGAACAUUUCACCUAAGAACAUUUCAUUUCAAGAACAUUUCACCCAAUCCACCACUUAAAUUUUGCAGAUAAGGGAUCAGUUUGUUCGAAUAUUUUGCUAUUCCCAACAGACGGUAUUUGUGUACACCACAAAACAUGCGGUCUGAAUUUUUACACGUGACGACGCGAACUCACGUGUUUGAGACUUCGCGUGACAUCAUAUUACGUGUGAAUUUUCUCCCGCUGGCGCGCAGUGGAACACGCGAAUUGAAGGUGGAUAUUUUUAAAGCCGGAUAUCAGGUUUAAGUGUUGAUUGUUUUCGUUAAAAGUGACUUAAUUUUGCAAUGAACUUAUUUUAACACUUGCACAGACUUCGCGUGACUCCAGGGCGACUGAGGUAAAUUGAGUUUUACUAAAAUUUUGAUGCGGCCGACAGAUAUUUAAAUCCGUUGUUUUACUUGUAACAUAAUUGUCAAUAAAAACAAUCUGAAAACAUGAAUGAACAAUUCGAGCAAAAAUGUAAAUUUUGAACCGGUGCACCCGCACGUAAAAUGUCUCGUGUUCGUGUGUUAUAUAACGUUCAAAGUGUAGUCAGGCAUUCAAAGUAUGAUGUUGAAAUAAAGAUGGCGGAAGAUGAAACAGCACUUUCCAGUAAUGAUGAAGUCAAAAAAGCUUGCUUGCUUAGGAACCAGAAUGAAAAGAGGAGGCGAGAUAGGUUCAAUAACUUAGUGAGUGAGUUAUCGGUCGCUCUUCCUGUAACUGGGAAAAAACUGAGCAGAAACAACGUUCUUAAAUACGCGAUAGAACACUUCCGCCAGGCGAAGCAACUCGCAACGAACUCGGCAGAGUUGAACUCCAGGAAACUGUAUGGAAGGUGGCAACCCGAUUUUAUCACGAGUGAAGAAUUCCGUCAGACCAUCUUCGAUGGACUGAAUGGUAUUGUGAUGGCUGUCAGUGAAACCAGCAAAAUAUUUUUUGUGUCGAGCAACGUGUUCUCCUGUCUCGGAUACGACUGCGAGCAGCUGUUAAAUAACAGCAUUUUAGACCUGGUACACCCAGAAGACCAACGAAUGAUCUAUUCACUGUUAACGUCUAUCCGUAGAAGCAGUGCAGACAGCAGCCACAACCCUCCGCAAUUGUUUACUUGCCGGUUUCGUUGUGGCCCGCAGAGUCACGGGUGUAACAACAGCUUCGAAGCUUUUCGCUGCGUGGGAAGGAGUUUCCGAGGAGUGGAUCACACCGACGGAAACGACUGCUGUCUAGUGUUGUUUGGUCGAACAGCAUUUCUUCCAACAGUGAAUCAUGCUAUUGUGCUCUCUGAUACGGAAACCGUCUCCAAAUUUACCACUAGGCUGAAUAAAAUGUGGAGGUUCGAGUGUGUAGAGAGAAGUACCACAUUGGUCCUGGGUUACUAUCCAUUUGAGUUACUGGGAGCUUGCUUCUAUGAGUACUGCCAUGACGAAGAUUUGGCCAAUCUUACAGAGUAUCACAAUAUGCUCCCUUAUUCGGGAGUAAUAACAACCUGCUGUUAUCGUCUGCUGACCAAAGGGCAAGUUUGGAUUUGGGUGCGUAGUCGUUGCCAUGUUUCCUAUAGUCAAUUGAAUUCAAAACCUGAUUCUGUGAUUUGUGUGACUUGGCCCAUGAAAGGCACUGAGUUCAAUAUGUUAAAUCAAGAGGAAGUUUUAGACAGGGAUCGCAGACUGUUUUCCCAGAUUCUUGAAAAGAAUGGAGAAAAACAGCCCAGUUCAAGUUCUGGUGCUCAGAAUGCAGUCUCGUCAUCAUCAUCGUCAUUAUCAACCCAGGACACACAAAAAAAUGCAGAACAGAGCCACAUGACAUCCUCAGUGAAAGUGAUAACAGUGAAUCCUGGAGUCCAGUCACACACAAUGAAUGACAACAAUGACUUCCUUUCGACAACUCCUGACCAAUGCUCCCAGGGCUUGGCUGGUUCGCAGUCUGUCUCAGCUAUGUGGUCUUGUGAUACUCAUGUAGACAGCACUGCAAUUUUGACGCAAAGCAAUGGUCAUUACAUUUUGAAUGGCUCAGUGGACCAACCAAUGGAAAAUGUGGAUGUGAACAGUUUGUUGUUAGAGGACUAUGUUGAAAUGCCUGAAUCGCUCUCACUUUCACAAUGGGCGAUACACUUACACCUAAGAGACCAAUACAAAAGUCUUACUGAAUCUAUACGACAGCAAUCAGAGCAGAUCUCUGUUAUUCAAAGGCAGCUUGCUAUUCAGAAGGAAUUAUCUGAACUCAGUGAUGAACUGGAGAUGCAAGAAAAACUAAAGAAACAAAAUCUCCACAACACUGUUGAAGAGACCAGAGCUGUUAUUCAUCAAAAGAUGAAAGAACUGCAAGAUUGUACUGUUGCAGUAUAGCAUCAGCUACUGCGAAAACAUUUCCAGUCAUAAACGACAGGCCAAGUCAACUGGCCAAGGUACACUGUAUUUAAUACAUGAGAUAUGAUUUCACUGCCACCACCACAAUUUCUGUAUUGUUUCCCUCCCAAUCACUGGGAGGGAAACCACUGCUGCUGCCUCUGCUAUCAACACAGGUCUGGUGUUUCCCUCUAUGAUCACUGACACUGGCCACCACUACUGCCACCACCACAACCACAACAGUUUUAUUGUUUCCCUCUUCUACUAACAUGGGCCACUACCACUGCUACAUUCAUUCAUUCAUUCGUUCAUUCAUUCAUUCAUUCAUUCAUUCAUUCAUUCAUUCAUUCAUUCAU